CUGUUGCUGCUACUGCUUUGAUCACAAACUCACAGAAAAGCUACGGUUCAUACGUAUGAUGGUGUGAGCUUGGUAACUACAGCAGUUUAUAUCUGCUAUGUCUAGGGGGCAUUAUUGCCCACCCAUGUCAUUUCUUAAUGUUUGAGACUGAUUGUACAAUUUUCUGAUGUUUCGUUAGGUGAAUAAAAAGUGAAGAAAAGGCAAUCUUUAGGAAAAAUGCCCAGUGUGGAAGAAAAUAAUAGCUUUUUAGUUCCAAUCUGAUCAGGAAGGAAGCUUGAAGCUUCACAGGACAGGCUAAUGGGUGCGAGCAAACCUGCGGACCGCUCUCGGCACUGAUGUCAGAGGGACAUCAAGAACAUCAGAAGGUGGAGUCAGAUUUCACAAAGUGGUGUAUGAGCAGUGCUCUGUGCUAACACUCAUCACGCAAGGAAUUUGCCGGGCAUGUAGGCAAUAUGCUGAAUCUGAACUGUCAAAAGGAUGAUGGAAAAUUAAACUCUGGCAUUUCACGUGACGGGUUCUGCCUGAGAUAGUGGGAAGAUUUAAAACUGUAGGAUUUGAAAACUAUGGUUCAUGAAGGCCAUCAUGUAUAUUGGCGGUACAUGCCAAAGCAACGCGCUUCCUGCCUUAAUGCGGCCACCAGUCCAUGUCAUGCAGCCUUCCUUGGAUGUUAAACCAUUUCUUCCAUUCCCGUUGGACACUGCAUCUGCCGUCAGCCUUUUCCCGAAUUUUAAUGCGAUGGACCCAGUUCAGAAAGCAGUGAUAAAUCACACGUUUGGGGUUCCUCCUCCUCCACGAAGAAAACAAGUCAUUUCAUGCAACAUCUGCCAACUAAGAUUUAAUUCUGAUAGCCAGGCGGGGGCACACUACAAAGGCACUAAACAUGCCAAGAAGCUCAAAGCACUGGAAGCCAUGAAAAAUAAGCAGAAAACUGUUACUCCCAAGGACAGCGUAAAGACCACCUUCACUUCUAUCACAACCACCACCAUCACUGCCAGCUCUGACAAAGCAGACAGCAGUUCGGGGACGGCGACAAUAUCAAAAGUGACAACACUGGCGGCAGCAAGUGACAGCGUAACAGCGGAGUCCGUCUCGGGCACGGUGAAGUCGUUGACACCCAGUGACUGCGACGCGGCUGUUCCCAAGGAGACCGAGGAGGAGAAGGCAAAGCGGCUUCUUUACUGCUCUCUCUGUAAAGUGGCUGUUAACUCGGCCUCACAGCUGGAAGCACACAACAGCGGAUCUAAGCACAAAACAAUGUUGGAGGCUCGAAAUGGAGGAGGUCCAAUUAAGGCAUUUCCUAGACCAGGUGUCAAAGGCAAAACGGCCACCAACAAAGGAGUUACGACCGGCCUGCAGAAUAAAACCUUUCACUGUGAAAUCUGUGAUGUGCAUGUGAACUCAGAAACACAACUCAAACAGCACAUCAGCAGCAGAAGACACAAGGACAGAGCUGCAGGAAAACCUCCCAAACCCAAAUACAGUCCGUAUAACAAGCUCCAGAGGGGCACCAACGCUCUUGCAUUGAAACUGGCCUUCCAGAAAGAACUGAGUAAGCCCCUGGCCGCUCGUCUCUUACCAAACCCCUUCGCUGCUGCGGCGGCCGCCGCCGCUGCCGUCAAUUCUCCGUUUGCUCUGCGCUCGGGCCCUGCAGCCACUCUAUUCCAAACGGCGGCCCUGCCUCCAGCCCUUCUCCGACCCGCUCCCGGACCCAUACGGGCUGCGCACACUCCGGUUCUAUUCGCACCGUACUGAGCACAGGAGGCAACAGGACUGAGAAUUCGCACCGUACUGAGUACAGGACUGAGUUAUAUAAGUAAUAAUAAAUGACUGCAAUAAUCAAAACAGGGAACUAUGCAGUGAUAAUCACAGAGUUAAUGAACAUGAAAAGAGACUUGUCUCUGCUCCCGCAGUAAGUACACAGAUUUCGAAUGGCUGCAUCUUGGUUCAGCAAAAAGAAUUAAAGCAAUCCUUCCACAGGCAAUCUAUUACACAGUUAACAUGAGUAGUUUUGUGUUUUAGAAAUGUAUAAGGUCUGCAAUCUACCCGUAACAAUCAUCAGCCUUUUUACACAGUAUUUUUGUGUAACGUUUCCAUGUCUUGUGAAGAGUCUGUAAAUGUGUGUAAGGGCAUUAAUCUAAAGUCUUAUAUGUACAUUUAAUUUUCUCUGUAGGACGAAACGAUACAAUGACACACUGUGACAAAAGUCUUCAUUAACUGUCAGUGCAGUUUAGCAGCCUGCUGCCUGGUAUUUACCCAAUUAUAAACUUGUAAAUGGUGUCUUGUGGAGCUGUCACUUUGUGCUGUAAAGUUCUGAUGUAAUAAUUGUCUAAUAUGAUUUUCAAAAUGUUAGAAGGAAUUAAAUAGCAGAAGACACGUUUAAUUUUUAUAUGACUUGGAGAGUUGGGGAUAGCGUGUGACCGUUUUAAUGGAGUUCACGGUGUAUUUAUUUUGGAACAAAGCCAGGUUUUAAGCUGUAUUUUUUUUAAUUUUUAUUUUGAGAUCCAGCACAGAUCAGGCCUUUCUGACCCAAUCAGCCGCACCACCCAGCAACCCUCUGACUUAAUCCGAGCCUACUCACAGGACAAUUUACAAUGACCAAUUAACCUGCAAACCGGUACGUCUUUGGACUGUGGGAGGAAACCCGAGCACCCGGAGGAAAGCCACACAUGUGGCUGUAGAAUUGCACUCUGAACUCUGAUGCUGUGAACUGUAUAGUGUCGUGCUCGAGAUACCCCAAGGACACCAUUGCCUUGACACUCACCCUGGUCAGGAGGGCUCUGUUCACUAUCUGGCAGCGGUAAUAGAUUAGAACCAGCUUCCAAAGUUCAUUGCCAAAUUGUGAGGUGCUACAAUGCAGCAUCUGUAGCAAAUUUCGGGCGAAUAUAUAACUGCCACAUAUCUUCUUGUAUGGCUCAAAUUACCAUUAUAUAAAGUAACACCAUUAAGUGCAGUUUUCCCACAAUAAGAGAAUAAAUUGUAAUUACGCAUACUUUCACCACAUGACGUUGGAGCGGAGUUCGACCAUUUGACCCUUUGUGUCUGCUCCGCCGUUCCAUAAUGGCUGAUUUAUUACCCCUUUCAACUUCAUUCUCCUGCCUUCUCCCUGCAGUCUUCAACACCCUGACUACUCAAGAAUCCAUAAACCCCUGCUUUAAAUAUAUUUAAUAACUUGGCCUCCAUGGGCAUCAGUGGCAACGAAUUCCACAGAUUCACCCUCUGACUAAAAAAAAAACUCCUCCUCACCUUUGUUCUAAAAGGACACCCUUGUGUUCUGAGGCUGUGCUUUCUGGUCUUAGACUCACCCACAUCCACUUUAUCUCAGCUUUUUAAUAUUCAAUAAGUUUCAUUGAUAUUCCCCCCUCAUUCUUCUAAACUCCAGAUAUAUUCAUAUGUAUGAGAAUUGUUAAGCUCAUAUGAAGGACGUGGGCGUUGUUGCCAAGUCUAAUUGUUAAUACUCAUUUACAUCUGUCCUUCCAAAACUGAUGUUCAAGAAUUUGAUGAGAAACGGUAAUAUAUUUCCAAAUCAGAAUAGUCUGUGACUUGGACCCAAACUCAGAGAGGAUGGAGUCCCAACAUGCCUGCUAUGUUUUCCCAUCUCAGAGGGAGAGUUUGUGGGAAUGUUAGAGUGGGACCUAAGGUAGUGUUUUUUCCAAUGGUAUUACUAUAGCGUAGAGAGAGUGACAACACAGAAACAAGCCCUUCAAGCCUUUAGUUCAACCACACUGUUAUUCUGCCCAUUGGCCUGCACCCAGACCACACCCCUCCAAACCACACCCCUCCCAACUUCUCUUAAAUGUUACCAUCAAACCCACAUCCACCAUUUCCACUGGCAGCUCGUUCCACACUCGCAGCAUUCUCUGCGUAAAGAAUUUCCCCCUCAUUUUCCCCUUAAAUAUUCCACCCAUAACCCAUGACCUCUAGUUCUAGUCUCAACUAAUCUCAGUGGAAAAAGCUUACUUGCAUUUACCCUUUCUAACUCCUCAUAAUUUUGUAUAUCUCUAUCAAUUGUCUCCUUGUCCUCCUACACUCCAGGAAAUAAAGUUCUAACCUAUCCAAAACCUUUCCUAUAACUCAGGUCCUCAAGUCCUGACAAUACUCUUGCAAAUUUUGCUCUGUACUCUUUCAAUCUUAUAUAUAUCUUUCCUGUAGGUAGGUGACCAAAACUGCACAUAACACUCCAAAUUUGGCCUCACCAACGUCUUCUACAACUUCAGCAUAAAGUCCCACCUCCUAUACUCAAUACUUUGAUUUAUGAAUGCUAAAGUGCUGGAAUGCCCCUUUGCGACCUUAUGUACCCGUGAUGCCAAUUUCAGGGAACUAUGGAUUUGUAUUCCCUGAUCUCCUUGUUCUACCGCACUUGUCAGUGUCCUUACGUUCACAAAAUAAGCCCUACCCAGGUUGGUCCUCCCAAAGUGCAACCUUGUCUGCAUUAAAUUCCAUCUGCCAUUUUUCAACCCAUUUUUCCAGCUGGUCCUGAUCCAGUAGAGAGAAAGGCAGGAAUACAAGUGAUAUCUUACAUAACACUGUGCUGAUUUGUCAGUUAAUAAAUGUGCAUUCUUUCUGUCCAUCUGCUGGCAACAACCAGUUUGACUGAAUUCCAGAUGGACAAUCUUCCUCCGUGGCAGACAGAAACUUCGUUAUCUUCUUUAGGAGUUAAAUAGUUGGCAUUGUAUUUUUGUUUCCCCCCUUCAGACAUUCAGUUUACACUACAUUUGUGCAAUGUCUUACACUUCAAAGGGAAUUCUUUGUUUCAUUUACUUGACCUUAGCUUCAGCAUGCCUCAUUCCAGCUUUCUCGCAACUUACUGUAAAUGCACAGCACAAUAAUUUUAGAGAAUCAUAUUGUAUAUUCUAAAUAUUAAAACCUACAAACUUAUUGCAGGCUGUUGGUUUUACCAGGUGUAAAUUGUGAGAAGAAAAUGAUGUUUCUAUGUACAGUAAUACCAAUUGAAAGCUUUUCCAGCCUUGUAUGUAUCACCGAUAAUCACCAGAAUCAUUAUUGCAAAUGACAAUGAUAGCUCAGGACAAAAUCUUUAAAGGUGAUGUAAAAAGGUUUGCUGAAAUAGAAAAUAAUUUGUUAAUAAAGCAAGUAUUAGUAUUAACCAAAAAUAUACCAUUUAUUGUGAGAAAUGUUUGUAUUAACAUUAACACAGGGGUUGUCAACCAUUUUUAUGCCAUGGACCCUACCGCUAACCGAGGGGUCUGUGGAUUCCAGGUUGGGAACCCCUGCAUUAACGUCGUGAAGGAUCCCACCCACCCUGCUCAUGGACGGUUUGUCCCACUCCCAUCAGGGAGGAGGCUGCAUACCAUCCAUGACAGAACUAGCAGACUCAAAAACUGUUCUUUCUCCAAGCAGUAAGGUUGAUCAGCACUUCCACCCAAUAACCCACCCCUCCACCACGGCUUUAUCACUUCCUGUCAGAGUCACCUGAUGUACUGACACUCCUGUGCCUACUGUCACUUUAUGAAUGUACAAUCAAUGUAUGAUUAUCAGCUAUCUUAUGUAUUUAUAUCUAUUGUGUGUUUUUUAUUAUUAUUGUGUUUUUUUUGUGCUGCAUCAGAUCUGGAGUAAGAAUUAUUUCAUUCUUAUUUACACGUGUACUGGAAAUAACAUUAAACAAUCUUGAUAUGUUUAGAAGUGGUGCAGCAUAUAGUCGGUGGCCGUUUUAUUAGAUACCUCCUGUACCUAAUAAAAUGGACACUGAGUGCACGUUCAUGGCCGUCUGCUGCUGCAGCCCGUCCACUCGAUAUGUUCUGCAUUCAGAGAUGCUCCUCCGCACUGUUGUAACAUGUGGUUAUUUGAGUCACUGUCGUCUUCCUGUCAGCUUGAACCAGUCUGGCCAUUCUCCUCGGAACUCUUCCCUUAACAAGGUGUUUUUAGCCACAGAACUGCCGUUCGCUGGAUGAUUUCUGAUCUUGCACCAUUCUCUGUAAACUCUGGGGACUGCUGUAUGUAAAAAUCCCAGGAGAUCAGCAGUUUGGGUUUCUACACAA